AUGUGCCCCUUCCUAGCCCUCCCUCUCCUGUUCCUUCUCCUUCCCUGCCCCGCCCUCCUGAACCAACCCACAGGAACCAGGCCCCCGUGGGCCCACACCCCUCCAGAGUCCUCAGAGGCAGCCCCAAACCAGUCCCCGGAUCCUGCCCUCGUCCUCCCCUCCUCCAGCAAGCACCUCAAUCCCAGAGCUGCCAGGGACGUAGACCCCGACCCCGACCCCGCCCAGCCGCCGAUCAAAGUCCUGCUCACCGAAACCUGCGUGCAGAGAGACGCGUCCGCUGAGGGGGAAGGGGAGGGCCUGACCCUGGACCUGGAGCCGGGGUCGCCCCUGGUGGUGACCCACCGCAUCAGCCUGGUGCCGGGGCCGGGGGCCUGCGCCGGGGGGUGCGAGGCGCUGGUCUCCGCGCUGCAGGAGCGGAUGGAGCGGCUGGAGAGGGAGGUGUCCGCGCUGCGGGAGAAAUGCGGGGGCACAGAGGGGGGCUGCUGCACCUCACAGCAGAGCACCGGUGCCCACUGCACCCGGCAGCCGGAGGAUAUGUGUCCGAAUGACUGCAGCGAUCAGGGCCGUUGCGAUCAGGGCAAGUGCAUCUGUUUCCCUGGGUUCAGUGGUCCUGACUGCAGCUCCACCACCUGCCCGUCAAACUGCAAUGACCGGGGGACCUGCGUGAAGGGCCAGUGCGUGUGCGAGGAUGGCUUCACAGCUCUCACUGGUGUGUCCCGCCUGGGGAGCAGGGAUAUAACCGAUUCCUCUGUCACCUUGUUCUGGACCCUGCCCCCAGUUCAGUACGAUGCCUACCUAAUCACCUUCACCAGCCAGACAUCGACCAAAUCAGUAGACGUCCAAUGGGAGCCUCCCCUGGCGAAUAUUGACAGGUACCGCCUCUCCAUCGCAGCCAGUCAGAGCAAAGGAGGGGAGGAGCCGGCCACGCGGGAAAUUACCCUCCCACCUGAGAGAGACUCCGCCCACAUCACCGGUUUGGAGGCGGGCCAUGUGUAUGACAUCGCUCUGGUGUCUGAGAAGGGGAGGAGCCAGAGCCAGCCAAUCACAGUGGAGGCUACGCCUGCCUAUUGUACCCUACCUAUUCCAAUGGGCCAUGCUGCCACGGAUACACCACAGGGCUCCACUGUGUACGGCCUGGCCAAUCACGCCGCUCCACUGUGUACAGCCUGGCCAAUCACGCCGCUCCACUGUGUACGGCCUGGCCAAUCACGCUGCUCCACUGUGUACGGCCUGGCCAAUCACGCCGCUCCACUGUGUACGGCCCGGCCAAUCACGCUGCUCCACUGUGUACGGCCUGGCCAAUCACACCGCUCCACUGUGUACGGCCCGGCCAAUCACGCCCUCCACCUGAGUACGGCCUGGCCAAUCACGCCGCUCCACUGCGUACGGCCUGGCCAAUCACGCCCUCCACCUGAGUACAGCCUGGCCAAUCACGCCGCUCCACUGUGUACGGCCUGGCCAAUCACGCCGCUCCACUGCGUACGGCCUGGCCAAUCACGCCCUCCACCUGAGUACAGCCUGGCCAAUCACGCCGCUCCACCUGAGUACGGCCCAGCCAAUCACGCCGCUCCACCUGAGUACGGCCCGGCCAAUCACACCGCUCCACCUGAGUACGGCCUGGCCAAUCACGCCGCUCCACCUGAGACAACAGAUACAGAUAUAGGCCCUGAUAGAACUCGAGAACCACAUUCUGGAACCGAACAGCUGGAUGAUAAAGGGGGCUCCUUGGAUACUGUGUCCAUGACAAACAAAGCCAACAUGACCAGCAAUAGUGCCAUUACCAAAGGAGUGGUGGAUUCCAGCAGGGACGAGGGGAACAGCCCAGGAGACAACGGAGGUUCCCUGGAAACUGUGUCCAUGACAACUGGGUCAGGCACAGACUCUGAUGGAACUAGGGAUCAAUAUUCUGGAAGCCAAAAGCUGGAAGAUAAAGGGGGUUCCCUGGAGACUGUGUCCAUGACAAACAAAGCUAAGGUGACCCACACUACCAAAGGAGUGGUGGAAUCCAGCAGGGACAAGGGGAACAAUGGGGUGGAGGGAGGGGGGAUAACAGUGGCAGGGGGGCACGAGGGAGGGCCAUUGAGGUCAGGGCACCCAGGCCUUAGGAAGCCUCCCAUUCGCCGUCCUCAUAUAGGACCAUUCCGAAACAGGACCCGCCCAAACCUGGCUGCACGCUAUCAUCCAUCCAAAGGUCCAUAUCGGAGACCUGGCAUAUCUAAUAGCCUCCAAAGACAACAAGGUGGCGACAGUCUAGGAAAAACAAACAGUACUGGCACCAGGGUGAGCCCAAGUGGACAAGCCCUCGCAACCAACAGCUCCAAUGUUAAAACAAGGCACAACUAUUACAAAAUAGUCCGCAAAAUCACCUCCAUCCAAGCAGACCUACAUCCAAACACGAGCUCCACUAAACGAGUCGGCUUCAGAAAAGUGAUCGUUUACACCCCGGUUGGCCUAAAAAGCAGAGCAAAUUUGGGGAGCAGUGCUCCGAGAACCGGCCCAGACUUCACCUCUAUUGGAGUGGAGAACGUCACAUCCAGCGGGUUUGUCCUCAUCUGGGAGGUGCCACCUGGAAUCUACCAGAACUUCACAGUGACCCGCUGGGAGAAUGGAGAUGAGGGCAUGCCAGAGAGGAAGACAGAGGAGGACAGAAAGGAGGACGAAGAUGAGAAGGAGGAUGAAGAGGUGGAUGAAGGCAGACGAAAUGAAGUAAGGGUCGGUUCCAGGCGAGAUGAUAGCAGGUCCGGAGAUGUAAGCAGGAGCGAAAUCAACUUCCCAGCCGAACCACAUGAGAAGACCCCAAAAUUCUCCCAGGUCCUCCCAGGCUCUGCCCGUUCCCUCCUGUUCCGGGACCUCGCCCCGCAGGCCAACUACUCCCUGACACUGUCCGGGACAGCGCCUGGGCUGUGGUCUAAAAUCCACCAGUUUACAGUCGCCACAGGCCCCAGGCCGCCCUCUGACCUCUCCUUCAGCGGCGUGACGGAUAACUCUGUCACAGUCGCCUGGACCAAGCCAAAGGGCCCCGUGUCUGGCUACAAGGUCACCUACACACACACAAACGAAGGAGAGCCCGUCUCCGUGGAGACGGACUCCCAAGACUCCGCUGUGUCUCUCCAUGAGCUGUCUCCUGGCUCCACCUAUGAGGUCAGCGUGAUAUCCCUGCUGGGAAUGGAUGAGAGUGACCCAAUCAAAGACUUUGUUGUCACACUUCCUGACCCCCCCUCGGAUCUCCAGGCCAUCAACGUGACCCAUAGCACAGCCCUGUUGCUGUGGAAACCAGCCCAGACGACCGUGGAUCACUACAUCAUUGUUUACGGUUCCGAACAGGGGGUGAGCACGGUGGUGUCGGGUGACGUAGCGGAGCUGCCGCUAACCGGGCUCCAGAGCUCCACCCAGUACACCGUCACCAUCAGCAGCCAGCGCGACGGCCUCCGGAGCACUGGGGCCUCCACCAUCUUUACUACAGCGGGAGUUCCUGACCCCCCCUCGGAUCUCCAGGCCAUCAACGUGACCCAUAGCACAGCCCUGUUGCUGUGGAAACCAGCCCAGACGACCGUGGAUCACUACAUCAUUGUUUACGGUUCCGAACAGGGGGUGAGCACGGUGGUGUCUGGUGACGUAGCGGAGCUGCCGCUAACCGGGCUCCAGAGCUCCACCCAGUACACCGUCACCAUCAGCAGCCAGCGCGACGGCCUCCGGAGCACUGGGGCCUCCACCAUCUUUACUACAGCGGGAGGGCCUGAUGAGAGCAGGCAGAAGGGUCCUCGCAAGCUGACGGCCAGUAAUGUGACCCCGCGUUCGGCUGUGUUGUCUUGGAAACCACCCCCUGUUGCAGUGGCAGGCUACAAACUGACCUAUCAGACCGCAGGAAGGGAGGCGAAGGAAGUGACCCUUGACCCCAGCACGACCCAGUACAAGCUGAGCAGACUGCACCCGAGGUCAAAGUACACAGUUCAUCUGCAGGGAGAGCGACAGGGCGAAUACACUUCUGCCACCUCCACAAAGUUCACCACGGGGGUGCUACGGUACCCCUUCCCCUCAGACUGUUCCCAGGAGCUGCUGAAUGGGAUGCAGGAUUCGGGAGAGGCAGAGAUUUUCCCCGGAGGGCAGAGGGGCAGGGCUGUGCCCAUCUUCUGCGACAUGGAGACGGACGGGGGGGGCUGGACCGUCUUUCAGAGGCGAGUGGAUGGACACACUAACUUCUUCAGGACCUGGAGCGAGUACAGCAGGGGGUUUGGAAACGUGUCCAGAGACUUCUGGCUCGGCAACGACCUGCUUCACAGCCUGACCAGUGUGCUUCCCAUGGCGAUGAGGGUGGACCUGCGGGUGGGGGCGGAGUCAACUUACGCACAUUACGCCUCCUUCGCUGUCGACACGGAGAAGCGCUACUAUGCGCUUGCACUGUCCGGGUACAGCGGCACUGCUGGAGACUCCAUGGCGUAUCACAACCUGAGCCGGUUCUCCACGUGGGACCGGGACUCCAACCCCUAUGUUACCCGCUGUGCUAUGUCCUAUAGGGGUGGCUGGUGGUACCGGAACUGCCACGAAGCCAACCUCAACGGCCUGUACAACACACACACCAACCACCAGGGGGUGAUCUGGACCAGCUGGAAGGGAACAGACUUCUCCAUCCCUUUCUCCGAAAUGAAGAUCCGCCCGGCCUCCUUCACACCUCCGUCUCAGGGCUAGGAGGGAGGGAGGGAGAGGGAGAGAGAGAGAGAGAGUACAUGCGCAUAGACACAAUAAGAUGAAAAGAGAGUGAUUAAGUGUGAGAAUGAGUACAGAAUUUCCCUACUGAGGGAUAUUGAAUAUCAUUUCACCCUCCCUAGGGAACAGUAAAACUCCUGUACAUUGGUUUUACGAUUAAAAUAAACAAUCAUCCAUCUUUACCCUUAACAUUCAAAAGUAAUUGCUUCGUUUUAUGUGUACAUUUUGGUUAGUGACUCUAGUGAAAAUUCUCAGGAAUAUGCAGGAGUGUAUUUAAAGGUUUAGCCAUCCCCGGGGGAUUAACCCAUUUCAAACACAUACUUGACCCAAGGCUGCGCUUGUCUCUACUUUAGUGGCCUGCGCAGAUUUUAGGAAGGUAUAUCCAGACACAAAGACGUGCUUUUAUACUUUUAAAUGACUAUACCAGAGUUUGCUGGACUGCACACAGCCAUAUUGAAUUAUACUGGACCGAGUUUUUGUUGGAAAGGGGCUGAGGUUUGAGGGAACAGUAAAAUGAGUCAGAAGCGAUUGUGGGGGACAUUGGGGGAGGGGCUUGUAUUUCAAAAUUCUCCCACUGGUCAACUGUGCAAUACUGGAAUAUCAAUAUAGGGGCCUGAAUAUAUAAAUUAAUGGAUGGAUUUGUAUUUUUUGUAUUAGUCAUGUAUGGGAGCUGUAGGUUGGAAUUGUAACAAUACAAAUGUAAUACAUCACCACAUAGGUACAAAAUUAUAUAAUUAAAUGUAGAUAUAUUAAAUGUUUUAUAACACUUUGAUAUAUGCAUAUAUAUUAUAUUUAAAUUUUCUAAAAGACGUAUUAAUGUGACUAUCAUUUGAAAUGGAAUUUAAUUAUUUUUUUAUACGUAAAUGUUUUGCUAUGUGAUACUGGAAAGAACUGGUGGCUAUGCUGUGUCUCCCGUUACUAAACCGUAACAUUUUUUGCUCAAAUAUUCAUCUCAAUCACACGAAAAUAUUAAUUAUUACUUACGAGUAUAUCUAUCUUACCAAUCGUACAGUCACAGCAGUUAUCGUCUGUCUUCAUCAUUUAGUAAGAAACCUGUCAUUCACAUCCAGCUUCAUUGCUGUUAUAACAACAUCGAUUCACUGUGUCAAUAAAAUAGAUAUUUCUG